GGAUCUCUAUCCUGCCUUAACGAGGCACUUGACCUCCCUCGACGCUCCUCUACUCCCCGAGUGACGCAAAAAAAGUGGGCUGGCAGAGCGCUAAGAGCAGGAGUUUAGAGGACUAAACAUCACUACUCAAGCAGACUUCAUUUAGGGAAGCCUAUAGGUAAGAAGCCGUCUGUCUUAUCUCGGAUGUUCUCAAUGAAACUCCUCGUUGGCGGAGACACCGGCAUGAGCGCGGAUGUAUUCGAGAGCGAAAGAACUGACUUUUCUUCAAACUUGUAGCAACCAGCGUUCCCUGCCUGUCAGUGACUUUAGAGCUUGAUGAAACUUUUUUUUUUUUUUUUUUUCUUGAAUGAGGCUGGCACAUCUGGACGCAGGGCUGUCGGAGCUGUCAAGUCCAGCGCAAACUUUUAGACGGACGUGACUUUGGUUUAUUCAUCCCCAAACUUAGAAGAGUUAUACUGGAACCAGUUUGAAUUGAAAACUCCUCCUGUAAUUUUUGCAACUUUUAUUUACUUUUUAUUUAUUAUUAUUAUUAUUAUUAUUAUUAUUAUUAUUAUUAUUAUUAUUAUUAUUAUUAUUAUUAUUAUUAUUGAGCGCAAACAUGGAACACUCAGUCCUCAGACUGACAUGCGUUUUGGUGGUUAUCUCUCUGCUGGAUAAAAGGGUGGAUUCCAAUGAGAUCUUAGGUCUGAAGCUUCAUAACAUUGAACCCAUCCUGAAUGCCAACACAGUUUGCAUGACGCUACCCGGUUUGACGAAACGCCAGCUGGAGGUGUGCAUGCGCAAUCCGGAUGUGACGGCUUCGGCAAUCCAGGGGAUCCAGAUCGCCAUCCACGAGUGCCAGCACCAGUUCAGAGGGCACCGCUGGAACUGCUCCAGCCUGGAGACAAGAAACAAAAUCCCCUACGACAGCAUAGUCUUUAAAAGAGGUUUUCGAGAGAGUGCCUUUGCAUAUGCGAUCGCAGCAGCUGGGGUGGUGCACGCAGUGGCCAAUGCCUGCUCCAUGGGAAAACUGAAAGCAUGCGGCUGCGACGAGAAGCGGCGCGGGGACGAGGAGGCAUUUCGACUCAAGCUCAGCCGCUUACAGCUGGAGGCCAUCCAGAGAGGGAAAGGGAUGGUUCACGGUGUGAUGGAGCACUACCCCGCCGAGCUCUCCGGACUGCAGCCAGACUCCUGGGAGUGGGGUGGCUGCAGCCCUGAUGUGGAAUUCGGGGAAAAGUUCUCAAGGGACUUCCUGGAUGCCCGCGAAACCUACAGAGACAUCCAUGCAAGAAUGAGGUUGCAUAAUAAUAAAGUUGGGAGGCAGGUGGUGCUCGACAACAUGCGAAGGAAAUGCAAGUGCCACGGGACGUCAGGGAGCUGCCAGCUCAAGACUUGCUGGCAGGUCACUCCAGAGUUUCGGUUGGUGGGUUCAAUCCUAAAAGAACGUUUCCACAUUGCCACCCUUAUCAAGGCUCAAAACAGGAAUAACGGCCAGCUGGACCAUUCGAACCAUAACAACCACAACAACCACAACCACCAUCACAGUCAUCGAGAGAACCACCACUCACAUCGCCGGCGGCUUAACAUCAGGGAGCUAGUGUAUUUUGAGAAGUCGCCUGAUUUCUGUGACCGGGACCUUAGCUCAGACUCGGCGGGCACACAGGGCCGGAUCUGCAACAAGACCAGCCCGGGGAUGGACAACUGUGAGAGCCUGUGCUGCGGGAGGGGGCACAACAUUCUGCAGCAGACGCGUAGCGAACGCUGCAACUGCAAGUUCCACUGGUGCUGCUAUGUGGUCUGUGAAGAGUGCAGGAUAACAGAGUGGGUCAGCGUUUGCAAAUGAAGAAAAACACACUAAAAGUCAC